GAGGCUCUUGUUUACCAGCGAGCUCGGAGCCUGAGUCAGAGACGCGGCGGGCGGACGGACGGACCAGCAGAGAGACUGAGACUGAGACACACAGAGACACAGACAGACAGAGAAAGGAAGCCCCUGGAGCCUGAUCUACAGGAGCUACCGGAGACCGAGGAGAGGCGAGCAGCGAGUCCCAGCCACAGCCACAGACAAGGCUUUGGCUGGCCGAGCCGGCAAAGUCCUUUGUAGCUCUCUCCCCCCUCCUGGAUACAACCCAACGCGCCACGCUUUGCUUUUUCCUUCCCUCCCCCCCUCUGUCUCCUUCCCAAGCUCGAAACAAACAACAGGGGCACCAGAAGGAAAAAACCCUCAGCUUUUAAUUAAGAAAAAACUAGGAGAGAAAAAAAAAGGGGGGGGGGGGAGGGAGAGGAAGAGAAGAGAAAGAGAAAUGUAUCUUUAAAUUGUUACAGAGUGAAGAGAUUACCACCAGUUUGUGGCUGUUGUAUUUGGGGAAAAUAUCUAUUUUUCUCUUGUCUUUCCACCACCCCCAACUUGUUUUUUUCCCCCUCUUCCCCCCUCUCUCUAAAGGAAUGGAUACUGAAGAUGGGGAGGUCCAGAAGAACUGGUGUUUUGUAAAUUUCACAAUGAGACAUAGACAAGGUUGAACGAGUAGAAAAAAAAAACACCCCCUAAGGAGACGGCAGUAGCAGGGAAUUUAAAACAAGUUACUUUUUUUCCCCCGUCCUCUUAAUAUUAAAGCAGCCCCUGAUUUUUAGAAUUAGGGAUUCUUAAAAUACAAGUUUUUUUUUCUCCUCCCCCUGUUUUUUGAUUUUUUUUGGGGAGGGGGGGGUUCUGUUUUGGUUUUUGACACUUUGUUUUCGUUCGGCGGUGGACAUCGGUCGCUAUUUGGUGGGAUCUACAAAUGGAAACAAGGAGGGUCUCGUUCACCUUGUGCUGGUGUGGCUUCCUCGCUCUCAGCGCCUCGCUUGCCCUGGGACAGACUCACAUCGAAAUCUGCAGCGGCAUGGACAUUAGGAACCAGGUGUCGGACCUGCGGCAGCUGGAGAACUGCACCAUCAUCGAGGGCUACCUGCAGAUCCUGCUCAUCAGCGGCAAGGCGGAGGACUUCCGCGCCCUGCGCUUCCCCAAGCUGACGGUCAUCACCGAGUACCUGCUGCUCUACCGCGUCUACGGGCUGGAGACGCUGCGCGACCUCUUCCCCAACCUGACCGUCAUCCGCGGCGUGCGCCUCUUCUUCAACUACGCCCUGGUGAUCUUCGAGAUGACCCACCUGAAGGAGAUCGGGCUGUACAGCCUGCAGAACAUCACGCGCGGAGCCGUGAGGAUCGAGAAGAACAACGACCUCUGCUACCUGUCCACCAUCGACUGGUCCUACAUCCUGGAUGCUUCCGAAAACAAUUACAUCGACCGCAACAAGCAGCAGAACGAGUGCGGGGACGUGUGCCCGGGGACCAUGGAGGACCACCCCCUGUGCACCAAGACCAGCGUCUACAACCAGUACAACUAUCGCUGUUGGAAUGCCAACCACUGCCAGAGAGGUAGGCUGAUCCAUCAAACUUGCUUGAAGUCUUCCCUCUUGUGAAUAGUUGCGACUUGUGUAAGCUGUCCUUGUAUCAGUUCCCCAGUAUGUGUGUGUGACCAAAACUGGGUCCUGGCGGUCGGUCAGUCGGUGUCCACUCUGGGACCUUUGUGGUGUCUUAUGAAGCUUUUGUGAUCUAUAUUGGGAACAGCGUACUCGCUAAACUGCCACUGGCGUUCCGUUUGUACGCGUCCGCAGAUUUUUCUUCUCGAGUGUCGUUUGCGUUGACCGUUGACGCCCGUGUUUGAGGCUUCACGGGUUUCCUCAGACGGUGUUGGUUGGCGGGGUGCGGCGUGUGUGUGUAGGAAGGAACUGCAGGUGGCC